AUGAGGGAUAUUACCGAGCUGCCGCACGACCUCUUCAUUCUCGUUAUCUCGUUCCUUCCGCCACGGGAUUGUGUGCGAUGUCGCGCUGUUUCUCGACGAUGGCUUGCUGCUUUUACGACCGACCUCGUCUCUCAGCUACUGUUGCGCUGGAAUUUCCCCCGAUGCCGUGAGCUCCGCCUAGCUGCAGCUGCGGCCUCGUUGCCUUCCUCAUCAGCAGCUUUCCCAAGAAAUCUCCAGGCCGAACUCAGAGACGUGGCCGAGCAAAGGCCCGACUGGUCCUCGACGUUCGCUGAAGUGGCUCGUCGAUACUUUUAUCUGGCUCGGGGACGUCCUCGUGUCGUUGACAAGCUCGAGCUUGCCCCAAGCAGUAGGGAAAACGGAUCCAUCUUCUCGUUCUGGGGAGUAGCACCUUGGAACAGGUUUUUACGCUUGGACCAAAAAACCUGGAACUUCCAUUACCCCGACCCGGUUUGGUCGUACAGCCAGGAGGAUGGAGUCCUGGUGUACCCUGCUGCGCUUGGGUCCGAAGAUCACUGGGCCCCAGACCGGUGCGCGGGGCACGUCUACCGUAUUCUCGACCUGGCCACUGGUCACCGGGUCGCGGUGCCAUUCGAUGUUCGUUCGAAGCACAUUCGUCGAGUUCGAAUGGCACAAGGCGUACUCAUCUUUGAGUGGGCAGAAGCACUGCCAUUUCACCAACUGAACCCGCUCGAGGUUGUACAUCGUCACUUCGUGACGGCCUUCGACGUCUUCCGCAAGCCUGCUGCCACCAGCCCAGGGGAGACAUGGACUGUCGAAUUCCGGUCCGAGUGGAAGCUGCACUUCCUCGGCCUGCCCCUGAACUGCUCCGACCGUUUCUUCUCCGCACACACAGCCACCCACUAUGCCGUGUACUUGUGGCAACCCAACCGCUCGCUCUACCAGGAUGACCCCAUUGAACAGCUGGCGGUGUGGGACAUCUCCUCGCCCAGCUCGUACCGCCCGUCGGAAGAUCCAAAGGGUGACAAGAGGCCCGCGGUUGCUCGAGCUCCAUCCCUGCCCUCUGGUUUGUGGAAUGGGCAGAACAGCAGGGUUGCUGGAGCGACAUACAGCCUGGAUGAAGAUAAGGCAGAUCCUAAUAGGCGGAGGAGAGCUUCUCUUGCGGUUGCUACUGCUGGGCCGCAGGUUAUCAGGCGCAUGGCAUGGCGUGAAUUGGAUUUCUACGGACUGCGCCAGCGGGUAACGCCUCAACUCAGGUGCCUGGCCCUGGAUAAUCGGAACCUGUACGUGGUUGAAGAAGAGCACCGGUGGACUGAUGGCCAGCACAGCUCCCUAAAUCCUCCACGAGCUCACAUGGUCCGAAGCACGGCGAUUCCAGUCAUUCCAGAGCCAGUGUCUUCUCCUCAGGCAGUCUACCCGCUUGCCACUCGGUCGGCUACUGAUUUAACUGCUGAUCUCGAGCCUGUCGCGCUUUCCACAAUCGUCGAUGGGCCGGUCAAUGGGCCCAUAUGGCUGGACGAAUGCGGCGCCAACGGGGCCGUCAACAUGAACUUUUGCGUGCGCGUGGUGGACGCGAACGGCAGUGCUCGACCUCUCGAAGCUAGCGCCGAGCAUAUUCCUGAUCGACUGCGGCUACCGCUCUCGAUGGACCCUGCGGGCCGGCCCUGGGUACUCGGCGAAACCAGCUCUCAGAACGCCGUCGUGUCGACCCGUUGGCCUGGCUGUGCCCCGUGCUGGCGCCAUGAAGACUUUCCUUACCUCACCGUCGCCGAGAUGGUGGACUUUGCCGCAGGGGUCCGAAUUAUCGCCCGCCAUCGCUUCAUACUCGAGAUCCUAUCCGUACACAUCCGUCCUACUGUCACGGUCAAGGAGAUCUCGGCGAUCCAGGUUAAAGGUGAUUCAGGGACCGCUAGGCGGCGAUCUAGCGAACCGAACGCGGUUCCUGCAAGAACCAGGGAAGUGGACUUCCCCGACGAGAUGUGGUCGGAGCUCAUUGCUAAGGGUUACAUUGCUGGGGAUGAGCGGUGGGUUGUUGGAGAGGACGGGAGAGGGAGAAUCACUGUUGUGAGGUUCUAA